ACAGAGCAAGCACCCUCAACAAGUGGCAUUCUCGUUGUAUCCGAAUUCAAACAGGGGCAUUACAGUAAAUCAACAAAACCCCCCCCAAAAAAUGAAAUUAUUCGUUUAAAUAGGUGAGAAUCUGUGUUUGCAAGUCUCUUUCACACACACACACAAACAGUGUUGUUAAUUUUUAUUUUUAUUUUUCUUUCACGCACCGAAACCGCCCUUUUCAAAGGCCAAGGGCUCUUCUCCUCUUCCCUUUCUUAGGGUUUCUUGGGGGCGUCAUCGGAAUGUUCCAGAAGCCCCUUCCUUCGCCUUUUUCCCUCUCCAAUUCCAUCAUGCGACGGCGUUUCCUCCCAACCAUGCCUUGAAUUCUUCUUCUUUUCUCCCCUUCAGUGGUGGCAGUUCUGGUAUGGAAAUGCGUGAUGUUUCUGAAACUAGAAACACAGAUCCUUAUUUGAUCGAAGGUACCGAUUUAAACACACGGUUGACUAGCCCAAAUUUUGAACAAUUUGAAGUCAUGUUUAACGACGGGGCCCCUGAGUUUGUUGUUGAUCAGAACAUGUAUUACCCUGCUGCCACCAAUUAUGGCUAUUACUGUACAGGAUUUGAGUCACCCGGGGAAUGGGAGGACCACCAUAGAAUUUUUGGUAUAGAUGGUCCUGAUAUUCAGUACACGGGUGCACAAAACGAAAGUUUUCCAUAUGUAUAUUAUACACCUAGCUAUGGAUUUGCACAGUCUCCAUACAAUCCAUAUAAUCCCUAUAUUCCUGGUGCUAUGGUAGGAGUUGAUGGUCCAUUUGGAGGAGCACAGCAAUAUUACUCCCUCCCCAAUUAUCAAAACCCUGUUUCUUCACCAGCUUACAUUCCUCUUGUUGUUCAACCAAACAAUAUCCCUGAUAGUUCUGUUGACUCAUUGUUUGAUACAAGUGCUUCUGUAAGUAGACCUGAUGGAAGAGGUUUAAAACAUAAGUUCAAUUCAACUUCUGGUGCCUUUACUAGGAACUCUUCUAAACCAUUGUCAAAUCCAACAAGUUCCUUGGGUAGGGUAGCAGAAGUGCCAAAAGAUAAUACUGGGGGAAAGAAAGAUUUGAUGAAUGGGGAUGUUUCUGGCUGUGGUUUUCUUAGCUUGGCUUCAUCGCCUAUCCAUCAGGCCAGAACUGUUGAUACCUCUAUCCAUCCUUUAGAUACUAUUUCCAAUGGAAAUGUUUUGUCCCGCCAUAAUCAAUUGAAAGUAGCUCCCCCUCGUAGUAGUGGAUAUUCUGAAUAUGGAUUUAGUGCAAAUGGACAGUCUGCAGUUGCUAAAUUUCGGCCAAAGGUUCAGGUUAGUAAAGGACAGAGUGAUUUAAAUGGAAGUUCUGAUGUUUUGGGUGAGCAAAAUCGGGGCCCAAGAAUUAGUAGGUCAAAACAUCAGCUGGCUGUCAAGGCCUAUUCAAACAAAGCAGGAGAUGGCAAUACACAAGAGAACAUCAUCAUUUAUACUGAUCAGUAUAACAGGGAGGAUUUUCCUGUCAACAAUGAAAAUGCAAAGUUUUUGGUUAUAAAAUCAUACAGUGAGGAUGACGUGCAUAAGAGUAUCAAAUAUAAUGUGUGGUCAUCAACACCUCAUGGAAACAAGAAGCUGCAGAAUGCUUAUGAAGAUGCUAAGAGAAUAGCGGGUGGAAAUUCUGGAGGCUGUCCUAUCUUUCUCUUCUUUUCUGUUAAUGCAAGCGGUCAAUUUUGUGGGGUUGCUGAGAUGGUUGGUCCUGUUGACUUCAAUAAGGAUAUGGACUUUUGGCAGCAAGAUAAAUGGUGUGGGAGUUUCGCUGUAAAGUGGCACAUCAUAAAAGAUGUGCCAAAUGCAAAUUUUAGGCACAUUAUACUGGAGAACAACGAGAACAAGCCUGUAACUAAUAGCAGAGAUACACAGGAGAUAAUGUUUAGUAAAGGUUUGGAAAUGCUGAAAAUAUUCAAAAACCAUAGUUUGAAGACAUCUUUGCUUGAUGACUUUAUGUAUUAUGAAGACCGGCAAAAGAUCAUGCAGGAAGAGAAAGCCAAGUUGCGAAUAAAAAGUUUUGGAAAUCCAUUAUUGGUACCCACAUUGGAACCACCUCGGAAGUUGAAUUAUGUCAUUGACAUUCCUCUAGCCAGUGAGGAGAAGAAUUCAAAAAUGGAUGACGAGUUUGAUAACUUAAAACAGACUUCAAUUUCAAGUGUUGAUGAUGUAACUGGAAUUACAUCUCUUGAUGAAAAGGCCGAGAGAGGUGCAGCGAGGAAAGAGGAUAUUUCUUCUGUCUUAAAGAUUGGUUCAGUCACUAUUACCCCAAAACAGACGGAGACUGAACCAUCUGGGAUUAGUGUUGCUAAUAAAGAACCAAUCGAUGUUCUGACAGUAGGCUCAAUGCAAGUCAAAGUUAAUGGAUUUGCAGAGUCUUCCAGUUUUUUGAAGGUUGGGAGUAUUGCACUUGAUCCAAGAUCACUACAGCUUGACGGAGGUACUCGUGUUAAAAAUGGAUCUCACCGUUAAAGUUUGCUUGUAAAUGUCAAGGCACUAUCUGGAUCUUUGGUAAAAAAUGGAUUGAUGUCUGCCUGAUGGUAUCUUGUCUGGGAAGUUGGGUUUCUUUUCAAUCUUUAUUUUACCGCUUUCUUAUUUGCUACUAAUCGAUGAAAGGUCAUACUGAUGUCUUGAAUCUUUUGAGAGGUCCCAUUCCAAAAGCAUUUUAAGGAAGUUGUGUAACCAUUUUCGUAUUUUGUGUGUCAACGACCAAUAUCCAGGGAUGUUACUUCGUCGCAGGUUUUCGUUCACUCUAUUAUUGAACUAGCCAAAACUUCCCUGCAACCUUCGAUUUCUGUAAUUGUUCCGUAUUUCGAGAUUUUCAUUCGUCGUCUUGUUUCCUUGAAUGUAUUUUAGUUUGAUUUGAUUUGAACCAACAAAAGUUACGAUUGAAUCCAUGGAAGCUCUUCAAGAAAAUAUAAUAAUGCUGAGCCCAUCUCGGGUUCAUUUUUUUAUGUAUGUAGUGAAGUCAGUCUAGUGUUUUAUCCUUCGGUACAUAUUCAUCUGUUGAAAUUUAAGCCUGAGUCCUACAUUUUAACAAUGUAUAUAUGUCAAUGAAAACUUAUUUGAC